GUGAAAGUCUGGUUCCAGAACCGACGGACGAAGCACAAGCGGAUGCAGCAGGAAGAAGAAGCGAAGGCGCAACAGCAAUCCGGCGGCAGUGGCGGCGGAGGUGGCGGAGGCGGCGGAGGCGGGGGUGGGAACGCGAACAACAACAGCAACAACAAGAACACGCAUCACGUGAGCAAGUGGCAGCAGGAGACCGGUGACUACCACCACGAGGAGGAGGAGGAAGAGGAACACAUCGAUCCGGAGGCGGAGGAGUGCUCGAGCGGCUCCGAGGCGUAGCUAGACGUUCUCUGCCUGGACUUAGACGCCAGGAGUCCCGUCUGAUCGACGAGAACGCCGACCGAUCGGUCCCGAUG